AUGGAGCGCUGCCCCAGCCUGGGGGUCACCCUCUACGCCCUGGUGGUGGUCCUGGGGCUGCGGGCGGCCCCGGCCGGCGGCCAGCACUAUCUGCACAUCCGCCCGGCGCCCAGCGACAACCUGCCCCUGGUGGACCUCAUCGAGCACCCGGACCCUAUCUUUGACCCCAAGGAGAAGGAUCUGAACGAGACGCUGCUGCGCUCGCUGCUCGGGGGCCACUACGAUCCGGGCUUCAUGGCCACCUCGCCCCCCGAGGACCGGCCCGGCGGCGGGGGCGGGGGCGGCGGGGGAUCGUCGGCCGGGAGCGCCGAGGACCUGGCCGAGCUGGACCAGCUGCUGAGGCAGCGGCCGUCGGGGGCCAUGCCGAGCGAGAUCAAAGGGCUGGAGUUCUCCGAGGGCUUGGCCCCGGGCAAGAAGCAGCGCCUGAGCAAGAAGCUGCGGAGGAAGCUGCAGAUGUGGCUGUGGUCGCAGACCUUCUGCCCGGUGCUGUACGCCUGGAACGACCUGGGCAGCCGCUUCUGGCCGCGCUACGUGAAGGUGGGCAGCUGCUUCAGCAAGCGCUCGUGCUCCGUGCCCGAGGGCAUGGUGUGCAAGCCGGCCAAGUCCGUGCACCUCACGGUGCUGCGGUGGCGCUGUCAGCGGCGCGGGGGCCAGCGCUGCGGCUGGAUCCCCAUCCAGUACCCCAUCAUCUCUGAGUGCAAGUGCUCGUGCUAG